GUUCCACAGUGUGUCGUGUGUGUGCGUGUUGUAAGUGUGUUUGAGCGUGUGAGAGAGUUUGUAUUGUGGUUGUAACCGUUCCCAGCUCGGAUACUGUCACCGCCUUGCACCGCAGGCAGGCACCGUGUUCCUACAUGCAAGUUCCCGUCGCGGUUCCACAAUCGUUGGCCAGCAAUGACCGAAAGCCCCGCGACCAAACCAGCCAACGGGGACGUGUGUCAGCGUGUCAAGAACGGACUGAAACCGGAGAAAAACGGCUUGCUGAAGAGCCUCCACCGCUGCCAUGAGCGGCAGCCCAAGCACCACUGCCACCCCGAGGAGGAGGAGGUCCAUGCGGCGUCACGUCACUGCAGCCUGUACAGCCGGCCCUUCAUCGAGUCUUUCGAGGAGACGCCCAUGCUGGUGGCGGUGCUCACCUACAUGGGCUACGGCAUCCUCACCAUCUUCGGCUACCUCCGCGACUUCCUCCGUCACUGGAAGAUCGAGAGGUGCCACAUCGCCAGGGAGAAGGAGGAGCAGAAGGACUUCGUGCCCCUCUACCAGGACUUUGAGAACUUUUACACCAGGAACCUCUACAUGCGUAUAAGAGACAACUGGAACAGGCCCAUAUGCAGCGUCCCGGGGGCCAAAGUGGACCUGAUGGAGCGAGCAUCCCAUGACUACAACUGGACUUUUGAGUACACAGGUCGGGUAGUGCAGGAUGUGAUUAACUUGGGCUCGUAUAAUUACCUCGGCUUCGCUGAGAACACCGGCCCGUGUGCUGAGUCUGCAGCCGAGGUCACCAUCAAGUACGGCGUCGGAGUUGCAAGCACCAGGCAGGAGAUUGGGAACCUGGACAGACAUGAGGAGAUGGAGAAACUGGUGGCUAGGUUCCUGGGCGUGGAGUCAGCCAUGGCGUUCGGGAUGGGGUUCGCAACCAACUCCAUGAACAUCCCAGCAUUGGUCGGCAAGGGCUGCCUGAUUCUGAGUGAUGAGCUGAACCAUGCCUCCCUGGUCCUGGGAGCCAGACUCUCCGGGUCCACCAUCAGAGUCUUCAAGCACAACAACAUGCAGAGUCUUGAGAAGCUGCUGAGAGAAGCCAUAGUUCACGGGCAGCCCAGGACUCACCGACCAUGGAAGAAGAUCCUCAUCGUGGUAGAGGGUAUUUACAGCAUGGAGGGCAGCGUAGUGCGCCUGCCAGAGGUGAUCGCCCUGAAGAAGCGCUACCGGGCCUACCUUUACCUCGACGAGGCCCACAGCAUAGGUGCCCUGGGAUCGAGGGGGAGAGGUGUGGUCGAUUACUUUGGGCUAGACCCCUGCGAUGUGGAUGUCAUGAUGGGCACAUUUACCAAGAGCUUCGGCUCUGCGGGGGGAUACAUCGCAGGGAAAAGGGAGCUUAUUGAGUACCUGCGCUCCCAUUCCCACAGUGCAGUCUACGCCACCUCCAUGUCUCCUCCUGUGGUGGAGCAAAUCAUCACUUCUAUGAAGUGCAUUAUGGGAGAGGAUGGCACAACGAUCGGCUGUGACCGUGUGCGACAGCUGGCGGAGAACACAGUCUAUUUCCGCAAGAGGCUUCGAGAAAUGGGCUUCAUCAUCUACGGCAACGAGGACUCACCUGUUGUACCCAUGAUGCUCUACAUGCCCGCCAAGAUAGGAGCGUUUGGCAGGGAGAUGCUGAAGAGGAACAUCGGGGUGGUGGUCGUGGGAUUUCCAGCUACACCCAUCAUCGAGUCCCGCGCACGCUUCUGCAUCUCAGCCGCCCACACGAAAGACAUGCUCGACAGGGCGCUGAGUGUCAUCAGUGAGGUAGGAGAUCUCCUUCAGCUCAAGUAUUCCCGACACAGAGUACAGCCGUCUUUGGCGCGGCCCUUUGACGAUAAUGUGUACGAGGACAUUGACGACUGAUGAACCCCUCCUCUCCCGAAGUGGCGUGAACCUAAACAACCCCAGAAAAUGCAGACCGGGUCGAGAUGGGUCACAAGUCUUCCACAAGGACUGAGACGUGCAUAGGUGCCCCUUGUCACUAGCUUGCCAUAAAAUAACCCCCCACAACAAAAGAAAAAACUACCAUCUGAUUCUACUUUGCCUUACCUAAACAUGCAGAAAUUGUGGUGAACACACUGAAAAGCAGCAUCUCUGCUUUUUUUCCUGUGUACUUUUAUUGCUUUUUGGAUAUUAUUUUGUGUCUAAGAAUUUUUUUUGUUAGUUGUGUGUGUGUAUGUCCGCAGUGCUUAUGGUAUCUGUCAUGUCAAGCCUUGUGGUUGUGUAUGUGAAGUGGACGAAUGUCUCAGAAAUUGCAAGCAUUCUUUUUUUUCAUAAUACGGAUCUGAAGUGAACUUUAUUUGGGUAAAAAUAACUUUGAAAUGUCAGUUAACAGAACAAGUCCAGUUCGUCCAUCCAGGAUCGUUCAGAUCAGUGAUUAGAGCAAUUGGCCAAAAGUAGAAAGCACUGGAUGUUGCACUUUUUGCACAGGACAACGUCAGUGACCAGAUUUCAUCCCCGUCCGCCUCAUUGUUUGCAAAAUAUCUUACAAACUGAAAUAGAUUUGAAGGAUUAUAUAUUUAAUAAUCCAGAUCUGGAAUCUCUGCAUUAGAUAAUUUAGAUUUUUCACUCCUAAACUUAACCCCAACAUCCACCUGGCAUUCUUCUAAGGCUUGCUUUUGAUGACAGUGUGCACUCUACAUGGCAGCUUCUAGUUUUGGUAAAGAUGGUUGUGUUCGUUAAAACAGGUUAAACAUUCCCCCAUUUCUUUUUAGGAAGUUAAGACCAGUCUCAAAAGCCCUGCUGAUGACGCCACGUGGCCGUACUGCGCCUUGAACCUGACUUGGCCACGCAUUCUUGAACCAACUGAAAUUUGAUCACAUUGCAUUGUUGUCUUUCCACCCUUGGUUCUUCUAGACAGGCUGAAAAUCUACAGUAGAACAGAGUGAAGCAUGGCACCUCCAUCAAAAGGGGUGGUGAUGUAGCACGACAAAAAGAAUGAGGAUACAGCCAGCAGGCAUUUAGCAUAGCAUAGCCUAAAGGGGAAUACGUCCAGCCUGUAGCUUCCUGUAAAACCACAAAUUGCUUUGAACCAAUUAAACACCUUUCCAUUUCCAGUCUUUAUGCUAAGCUAGGCUAAUAACCUGCUUGCUCUAGCUUCAUAGUUAUCAUACAGACAUCAGAGUUGUAUUGAUCUUAUCUAACUGUUCCUUUAAAUGCAGAUCAGUGGGGUGUUAAAUGUUUGCCACAGUAAGCCGAUUCACUUAGCAACGUUACAUGUCGCCGUCACUGGCAUCCGUCAGUGUAAUUGUGUGUUUUUCACUUAACCAGCUUGGUGUGCAUUUGAGUAGCUAUUGAAUCACACACAGCCUCAAAGAUUAAGUUUAACACAACUCUCAGAUCAUAAGGCCAAAGUUGUGACGGUCACAUUAGUCUUUUUUCUCGUAUUCAAAGGCCAGUAUCUGCCCAAUAUAAAAGCCGCUUUAUUGGUAUCAAAGCUCUAGUUAAAAGCUUAAGUCUCAAGGGUCAGUUUAGUCACUUCAGGAAGUGUAAAGACUUUAAGUUCUGUUUGAAUACUUAUAUCUCCAGGCCAGAAAGAACAUCUAAUCUAUAAGGACUUAAGUCGUCUGUAUGUGAUUCAGCACUGUUUGUAAUACCCUUAAUUUCCACCCUAUCUCUUGGGUGCUUAUUAGUAAAAAACCUCAUUGCUUCAUGUCAGAUAAUGUUUAAAAGCCUUGUAAAACAAAGUGCUAUCUCUGUGCUGUGACUCAAAAGUCAUUAAUAACUUUAAUCAGUGUGACUGGGGACGGGCUUGUGUGUUUGCUUGCAUGGUUUUGGGUAUUAAUGUGCGCGUUGCUGCACUUUUACCUUGCUUUACCUCCAUGUAAACGCCUCUUGAUCUCUUGGUUUAUCUUUCCACUGUGCUGCUGAACUUUGGGACAACACUGCUCCUAAAUGAAGGCAGCUGUAAAAUCCCACAUGCAUACAUUCACGCUUGCAUGUAUGCACACUGACAAGUAUUGUGAAACCACUCGUUCAUCAUAUUAAUGCAUGUACAGUAAGAAUUAGUCAUUGAAGCUGCUCUGCGCCACACCCAGUGGUGCUCAACGAUAUACACUGUUCUGCUAGAUGUGAUGUUUUUGAAUGUUGUCAGAAAAUUCCACUUCAUUCCAGAGAAAGUUAACAUAUCUGUCUGGGUUUUGGGGAGGUUCUUUCCCCCCCGUUCAUAUUAAUGUUUGUCUGUUACUGAAAAUGGGAGGUGUUUGUGUGAUUUAGUUCCGUACUGUAAAAAAAAACAUCUUAGAGCCUGAAUCUUGGAGUUACAAAUGAUUGUCCACGAGCUAAAAGCUCCGAGUUACAAUGUUACACAUAUAGAUA